CUCCCUUUCACCUUCAUGUAUCAAUUCUUAGACCUGAAUUCCACCUCUAGAUCUCAUGCCAUGGCGCAGCCAUGAGCAGUUCAAAUCCGACUUCCAGUUCGCCCAUGAAAGCUCCCUUUUUCUUCCUCGUUUCCCUGUUUCUUCUUACUACAGCAGCAGUUGCUGCUGCUGCUGCUGCUGCAGAAGAAGAAGACUGCCAUGGCCUGGGCGAGCUCAAAGACCACGAAGCCGUUUGCGCUUACCUCAAAGCUCACGCCUCCGCCUGCGCCCCUGAAGGCUUUAUCGACUACCUCCAACUCUUCUACUGCGCCUUCGGCGACCGCCCCUUCAUCGGCUACUCCCUCCUCUUGCUCUGCCUCCUCCUCCUCUUCUACCUCCUCGGCGACACCGCCUCCGUCUACUUCUGCUCCUCCCUCGAGGGCCUCUCCUCCGCACUUCACCUCCCGCCCACCAUCGCCGGCGUCACGCUCCUCUCCCUCGGCAACGGCGCUCCCGACGUAUUCUCCAGCCUCGUCUCUUUCUCCUCCUCCUCCGGCGUCGCCGACGUCGGCCUCAGCAGCGUCCUCGGCGGCGCCUUUUUCGUCUCCACCGUCGUCGUCGCCGCCAUCUCCUUCGUCAUCGAUGGCAGCAGCGCCGCCGUUGACCGCGCCAGCUUCCUCCGCGACCUUUGCUUCUUUCUCUUCAUCCUCGCCGCUCUCUCCCUAGUACUGGUCACCGGGAGCACCGGCAUUUGGGGCGCCUUCGCCUUCUUCUCCCUCUACUUUGCCUACGUCCUUCUCGUAUGGGCCAUGCAUCACUACAAAAACAGAAACAGCCAUCUGCUAAUCCCAAUUCUCGAUUCCUCGGCCGAUGAAGAAGACCCAGAAACCAAACUAGUCUCCGAAGAAGCUCGUCGGCCGAAGACUCAUUCGAAUUCUCCCGUUUCAUACUACUUCUUCCGGUUCAUCAACCUGCUAAAGAUGCCACUCUACUUGCCGAGAAGAUUAACAAUUCCGGACGUGAGCGAGGAGAGAUGGUCCAAGCCAUUCACAGUUGCUUCAGUGACUUUGUCACCUCUGUUCCUGGUGACCCUCUGGCUCUCCGAAACAGGAGAAGUAAGCACAGCGGAGAAGUUAAUAUUCUAUUUCAUUGGGAGCUUAAUAGGUCUUGUUCUCGGUGUCAUUGCCAUGGUAACCACUGAGAGCUCUGCCCCUCCGAAAUCCCUCUUGUUCCCUUGGCUUGCAGGUGGGUUCUUGAUGAGCGUGAUAUGGUCCUACCUGAUAGCAGCAGAAUUGGUCUCCUUACUUGUCUCCAUCGGCGAGAUAGCUCACAUAAGCCCCUUGGUUUUGGCCUUCACCGUCAUGGCUUGGGGCAACUCACUGGGGGACCUCAUUGCCAAUGUCGCAAUGGCCAUGCAUGGAGGAGGUAACGGGGUUCAGAUUGCCAUCUCUGGGUGCUACGCAGGGCCAAUCUUUAACACACUUGUGGGAUUGGGUUUCUCACUUGUGCUGGCUUCUUUGGCUUCUUAUCCUACUCCAUUUGUGGUGCCUCAGGACACUGCUAUAUUUGAGACAUUAGGGUUCUUAAUCGGGGGCUUGCUUUGGGCUCUCAUCGUUCUGCCAAGGAGAGGGAUGAAGCCGGAUAGGGUGUUGGGGAUCGGACUGUUGGCCAUCUACUUGACAUUUCUGUGCUUGAGGCUUCUUGAGAGCCUUGGUCUGGUGAAUUGAAGUCGAUCUCUUCGUGAAUAUUGCAGGAAGUUUAGCGAUUAACUCUGGCCAAUAUGCAAAAUGUAAAUGUUCAGAAAUGUGACCUGAAUUCCAAUCAGUUUGGGGAUACUACUUUGGGAAUUCUGUUCACAAGCUUUUAGCUUGAUAGAAACAUUGUAGAAGGGUUAUUACUUCAGAAUGUGCCAAGAGUGAGUGAUGUCUCUCGAGCAAUACAGACAAAAAGGAUAAGAUAUUGAGACUGUUCAUUGUGUUUCUCC